AUGGCCAUUCGGCUCAACUCUUUUGCGAUCGCAAAACGACAACAAUCGACGCCGGUCUGCCAACUGCAUGCGCGCAUUGGAGAAAGCACAGACGAGGUCAUGUCGGUUGUGACAGCUGCAAGACGCGAGCAGAGAAUGGUCGUUGUCUGUCAUUCUACGCGCUCUCGCUUUCGUCGGAACGUCCGGCUCCGGCGAUUGCAUGCUGCACGCACGGCCGACAUUGCAGAUAAGCAUCCUCGAGCUGAGCGUUCCCGGUUCCGAAGUGAUACCGUAUCGAAGCCGGGACAGGCAACCGAACGACUCCUCGGAAAGCUACACCGUUCUCCGCAAAAUGUCGAAAGGGGUCUCGGGUCCAGUUCUCGAUCCUCCCUGUACAAAUCUGCAUCAACACCUUCAACCAAACGCACCCUGAUACGCAUCAGGAUGCUGAGCUUUGUUCUUCUCGUCCGAUCGAAGAGGGACCAUCUCUUCUCAACGAGCUUUUCGUGUCGCGGAACGUCAAACUCUAGGCUCAAGACGCCAUCUGGAUCGGUGACACCGGCGGGCGGCAUAAAACAAGACAAGAUGUUAGACCGCACGAAAGCCAUACCCAAAAGAAAUGCCCACUCGCACGUGAUAUGCGCUCGCCAGCAAUUGUCUCAGCUGUGCAGUGAGAGUGGCACAAACGAGAGUCGAGGCGUGUUCUUCCAACGCCGAAUGGAAGCACGGUUCGGCUCCACGUCGACCUUUCUCAUCGCCAAAAGAUCCACCUGA